GAGCUUGGUGGAAAGCAUCUUCAAAACCACAAGCUUGCGCCCGACGCUACCGCUCAGCACCGGUACAGCACGCAGCGAGUCCCGAGCUCGGACGCUGCACCGAAGAGUCUUCACACCACUGAAGGCCGCGGUGACGGACAAACAACCACAGAAGAAGCUUCAGACGAAGAUGAGGAGGGAGACAGUGUCACUCUCCAAGACGACGACGAGACCGAUGACGAUAUUCCGCUCUCAGCGUACCGCGGUCGUGGCAAAGGAAAGGGCAAGGGCAAAGGACCUGCCAUUCGCAUCGACCCGGUUGACGACGACGAGACCGACAAGGACGAUGAUGAGACUUCCUCGAACGGCACCGGACUCAUUCCCAGCAAGCAUCCAGUGAACCAACUGUUGAUGCAAAACAAGAAGCGUACUUUCAGCAACCUUUCAAGCACAUCGGUCCUCUUCGGAGAUGAAGCACCCGAUCACGAAGUAUUUCCCAGGCGUAAGAUGGCGAGGAAGCUCAGCAACAUGGGUCCCAAACCGAUUCUAACCUACCAGAGUGAUACAAAUGAGCACGCCAUUGACAGCGAUGAUGAAGAUUACAGCGGAGUCAAUUUGAUUCCUGAUGACGAUGACUUCGACAUGGAGACUAUGGAGCAGCAAGAAGAGAAUUUCAUUGCACGAGAGCAGGAGCAACAGGCAACCGCCCUACUCAAUCAGUUUCGUGAUGCUCGCCGACUCAGCCUCGAGAGCUCUGCCAGCGAUGACAUCUUUAGUGUCACUGCACCUCUGGGCGAGUCGUACAUGACCGGUCUCGGUGACUAUGGUUUCGCUCAGUUCUUCGAACCAGAGGCGGUACCUGCAUCCCCUGACCCAGCUGCCAAGAGAAAGUACUCAGACAGCUCAACGAAGCGUGUCCGCUUCGACGACGAGGUUCAAGUAUCAGAGGAUUCCGAGUCCGAGUCUUCAGAGCUUGAUAGCAACAUGUUCCCCGAUCUGUUCCUUGAACAGGACAAACUGCCACCCAUCUUGACGCAGCUGCUGGCGGAUGAGAACGAGGACGACGGCGACGAUGUAGGCUCUCCCAUGUCUGAUGCUUCCUACUGGGACUUCAAUCACGAUGAAGGACGCAUUACCCAGGCGGAUGACUCUGAUGACGAGUCGUCCGCCGGCUCUAGCGGCUACGAGACCGACGAGGGUGACACCACUGAUGAGGAAGACUUUGGCUCCGACGUUCCUCCGCAGACCCCAGUGUCAAAGAAGUCUGUGCUACGGCAACCACAGUCGACCCCAGGCUCCAGGGCAGGGACGCCCAAGCCAUUCGCACGAAGCAACCGACCCACAGGUCGUCAGAUUCCUCCGAUGCGAGGCGUCUUCGUCCAUAAGGAGUCGAAUGCAGCUAUAGCCAUCACCAAUAGGGCCACAAAGACAGUUACCUUCUACCGCCCACGCGUCCAGCAGAUUCCAUGGAUCCCUAUCAACGGUACCCACAGCAGCACCAGCAGCACCGCUAACAACAGCCCUCGAGCUUCACUCGCCCAGUUCGCCAACGUCUCUGAUAGCGAAGCUGAGGCUAUGAACAACGCACUCAGCACCACUGACAUCAUGCUCACAGGUAUAUUUGGAUCCGCCCCCGGCAAUGGCGACUUCUACUUCAGCAACGACAAUGUUGGCCCUCCCGAGGCUUUCUACCCCUUUGUUAGUCUCGGCGCAAACGGAAACCUCGAGGCUUACGACGAUGAAGACUACGAGUCUGAAGAUUACGAGGACGAACUCAGGAUCGACGACUUCAUGGACUUUGGCGAUGAUUCCGACAACAGCGACAUGGAAGACGACGGUGAAGAGACUGAUGCACCAACAACGCCAGGUGCCUCUCAAACCAAUGGCGGAAGAUCUGUUGAGGCGACCCCGGUUGAGGCGACUUCUGGCAACCGUAAGAGGACUACAUCGGACGUCAUGCUCGAGCACUUCGAUCGCGGAGUUGUUACCGCCUUCCGCAACAAUCAAAAUCGCUACCGCGAUGUCGCCUCGCUGCCUUCAGACCCCACAGCUCGCAACGCUGUCAACCGUCCCGUUCGAUCUGGCAAGUCUGCUGAUGCUCUCAUCACACCCCUCCGCAAGCGAUCCAAGUCGAACAGGAUUGCAAAGUCUCCAAUGGCCUCCAUCUCGCAAAGCUCGCCGCUCAUCAACAAGACGCAGGGCUCGAUGGCUGCGCCCCGCCGCCCACCACCAAGGAUGGGCACCUUUUCUUAG